UACUACAAACGAUAAAAUAAAGUCCUUCACGUGUAUGCGCUACAAUUUUUACGUGCCUAUGUAUAGACACUGUAUAUAGAAGAAAUUAUGUGACGUUUAAAUGAUACAACAACUUAUUAUGUAUCGUAACUUUCUGAUAAUUCACUCAGUCGUCAACUAACCACGUUCCGUAUAAUUUUAAAAUAUAGCAGUUGGACGGAAAGACGUGAUACCGCCUGAUAGUUUUAGGUUAAACCUUGUGAUAUUUAUUAAACAAUAAAAUAUGCGCGCAACUAUUGCGAUAUUGUUCACCUUCCUUGGUUGUUGUAGCAACGUUUUUUUUCUGGAACUUCUUGUUAAAGAUGAUCCAGGUAGUGGAAAUCUUAUUACAUUUUCACAGUUUCUUUUUAUAUCGAUAGAAGGAUUUUUAUUUACUUCAAAAUGUGGGAGCGUAAAGCCCAAUGUAGGAAUAAAAGAUUAUUUUGUAUUAGUAACAAUGUUUUUUGUUGCAAAUGUUUGUAACAAUUAUGCAUUUAAUUUUAAUAUACCCAUGCCAUUACAUAUGAUAUUUAGAGCUGGUUCUCUGAUAGCUAAUAUGAUCAUGGGUAUCAUUAUUUUGAAAAAAAAAUAUACUUUUAGUAAAUAUUUGUCAGUAUUUAUGAUAACACUCGGAAUUGUUAUUUGCACUGUUGUUAGUGGCAAAGAAAUUAAAUCUUUACAACCUAAAAAUGUUGAACAAGUGCCUACUACACCAUGGGAUGAUCUCUUUUGGUGGAUAUUAGGAAUAUCGUUAUUAACUAUUGCAUUAUUUGUAUCUGCAAGAAUGGGUAUUUAUCAAGAAGUAUUGAAUUCUAAGUAUGGAAAAAAUGCCAGAGAAGCAUUAUAUUACACGCAUUUAUUACCUUUACCAUUUUUUUUAACAUUGGCUCCUAAUAUCUGGGAUCACUUUAUGUAUUGUCUAGCAUCAGAACCAAUAAAAAUAUCAAUUAUUAAUUUACAAAUACCAAAAUUAAUUGUAUAUCUUAUAGGAAAUAUUCUCACACAAUAUAUGUGCAUUAGUUCUGUUUUUGUAUUGAUAACUGAAUGUACAUCUCUCACAGUAACUUUAGUAAUAACGCUGCGAAAAUUUUUGUCUCUAAUUUUUUCUAUAAUAUAUUUUAAAAAUCCAUUUACAUUAUAUCAUUGGAUUGGUACAAUUCUAGUUUUCACAGGAACAGUAAUAUUUACAGAAAUAUUAUCAAAACUUAGAGAAAGUUUACAAUCUAGAGAGAAGAGUAAGAAAAUCCAAUAAAAAACAAAAGUGUUAAUAAU